AUGAAUGAUUCAGUUUUCUCCGCCUAUCAGGAGACUUGCUCAUCCGAAACUUUAACCAGAGACAUGGUUGGACGAAGCUACAGCUUAGAUAUGCGUAGAGUUGAGUCCACGGAUCUUAGAAUAGCUCUUUUUGAGAUGAAGGAAGAUGUGCAGAGACUCGAGGAAGAGUUGCAACUGUCACGUCAGCCAGUGAAACCAUGUCUUUGA